AUGAACUCUCGUCUCCAUUUCUGCAGUCGACACCCGAAAGCUGUGAAACUUUACAAAGAAGUUUUAACUCGAGACCGACGACUGCAGCAGUUUGUCAGACGUGCCUGUCGGGGUCCUCUGCUGCGUCGUCAUGGCGUCCAGGAGUGCAUCCUGCUGGUGACACAGCGACUCACAAAGUACCCCGUCCUCAUCCAACGAAUCCUCGACAACACCAAAGGCAGCGAAGAGGAGGCGCAGGCUCUGAGCCGAGCGCUGGUCCUCCUGAAGGGGCUGAUCAGCUCGGUGGACCAGGAGGUCCUGGAGCUGGACCGGAACAGGAGGCUGCAGGAGAUCCAGGCCCGGCUGGACCCACGGGCCCUGGCCCAGGUCCAGGGAGGGGGGGUCUUCAGGGGGGAGCUGCUGAGGAGGAGACUCCUCCACGAGGGAACCCUGCUGCUGAAGCUACAGGGGUCCAGGAUGAAAGAUGUGCAGGUCCUGCUGAUGUCAGACAUCUUGGUUUUCCUUCAGGAGAAAGAUCAGAAGUUCACUUUCCCUUCACUGGACAAGUCUCCUGUGGUGUCCCUGAACAACCUGAUCGUCAGAGACAUAGCCAAUCAGGAGCGAGGGAUGUACCUGAUAUCGGCCUCCAUGCCUCCAGAGAUGUACGAGCUGCACGUUUCCUCCAAAGACGACCGGCGCACCUGGAUGAGCCGCAUCCAGCAAGCUGCUCUCAGCUGUCCGUCCAGAGACGAGUUUCCUCUCAUCGAGACUGAAGACAAAGCUUUACUGCGACGACUCAGAGCUGAUAUCCAGCAGAAGGACCGGGAGGUUCUGGAGCUCCUGCAGGAGCGCGUCACGCUGUUCUCAGACCUGGUGGAGGCCACAGGGAGAGGAGGAGGAGACGGAGAAGAAGAAGAAGAAGAAGAAGAAGAAGAAGAAGGAGGAGGAGGAGGAGGAGGAAGAGGAGGAGUGGAGAUCUCCUCUUCCUCCUGCAGGAAUCUGUUCAGAGCAAACACUCCUCAGGCUCCACAGGCCGAGCCACUGCUCACUGCUGCCAUCACUCAGGUGGAUAAACUGAGCGAGCUGCUGCUGAACUCCAACGUCCAGAAAUCCUCCAACGGGAACCCCGAGAUCAGCAACGGUGACUCUGGUUCUCUGAACGGAUCUUUUGAGUCGACUGGCUCCGCGAAGGACAGAAACGGCAACCAGCUGCAGGACCGGACGCUAAACCAGGAAGUGCGUCAGCGGUUGGUCAGUCUGAGUACACAGCUUCACGCCCUGCAGGCGGCUGUGAUUCGUCAGGAUUCCAUCCUGGAGCUGUCAUUCAGAGCAGGCCCCGCCCCCACGCCCCCCGAAGGCCCCGCCCCCCGCCUCAGCCGCUCGCUGUCGCGUGACGCGGGGAUGGACGCCAACGGCGAGGCGCUGCUGCUGCGACGGCAGGUGGAGAUGCUGCAGCAGGAAGUGACACGGCUGCGACUGAGGGGGGAGGAGCCAAUCAGAGAGGGGGCGGAGCCCGUGAAAAAGAGGAGGGGCAACGGAGAGAUGAGUGAUGUCAUCAAGGGAGAACAGCAGGUGAACAGGAGGCGAGGCAGCAGGGAGUUGGAGUCCCGCCCCCUCGCUCCAUUGGCCAGUCAGGAUCCUGUGGACCAAUUAGACGGUGUCCAGGAAGGAAAUGAGGAAGAGGAAGUGACUAGGAUCUCUCCUCGCUCCGACAGUCCCAGAGACCUGCAGGACAUCCCAGAGGAGAGUGAGUGUGGAGCGGAUCCCAGUUAACCAAUCAGGAAGUAGAACCAUCACGUCAGCUGGAUCCCCGCCCACAUCGCUGGAGGGGGCGGGGCUUAUGGACUCACCACACUACAUUACCCACAAUGCCUUUGGAUAUCAACAGAUAAACUGUAUUUAAAGUAGUUUAAAGAAAACAUUUCAUAGGUUUUUAAUUUGUGUUUCUGUUUUUUCUGAAACCAAAAAAAAAACAUUUUUCAAAUUCAGGAAAAAGUUUGUCAGGAAGUGAGAAACGCUGCGUUCACGUGUUCCCGCUCUAAAGUCCGAAAGAACGCAACGAAAUAUUGCGUUUACUGAAAUGUGACUCAGCUUUUAAAGUUUAGUGUCGAUGAAUAAUAUUCUCCAUGUUGUUGGUGUUUUUAAAGAAACAGGAAGCAGUUUGCUGUCUGCUCCUGUCUGUUAGCAUGUUAGCAUGAUAGCAUGAUAGCAUCUUAGUAUGUUAAUAUGUUAGCAUAUUAGAAUGUUAGCAUCUUAGCAUCUUAGUAUGUUAAUAUGUUAGCAUAUUAGAAUGUUAGCAUCUUAGCAUCUUAGUAUGUUAAUAUGUUAGCAUAUUAGUAUGUUAGCAUGUUAGUGUGUUAGCGUGAUAGCAUGUUAGCAUAUUAGGAUGUUAGCGUGUUAGCGUGAUAGCAUGUUCGCAUAUUAUCAUGUUAGCGUGAUAGCAUGUUAGCGUGGCUGUAAACCUGAUGGUCUGCAGAGCAGAACUUUAUUGAUGUUUAAAUCACGUUUGCUGCAGAUUUUCCAAAUAUUUCAUCUCAGAUAUUUUACCGUGUUGCCAUGGAAACAGAUGUUUAUUACUCUGCUCUCUGGGAGUUUAUUGCUGAGUUUAAAUGAAGAAGAAUUUUCAUUAAAACGAUGGCUGUUUAAUUAUAAAACACUGAAAGUUUAUCUGAAUAUUAAUCUCUUAAUAAGAAGCCAAAUUGUGUUAUUUACACAUUUAUAUUCCAUCGUGUUAAAAUCUCUUUUUUACUCCGAUCCUGAAACGGGAUCAGCUGUUUUUAUAUCAUGUGGUCCUUCGACCCGCGGCUGGGUUAGGGUUAGGGGACGUCCAACAUCUGGGACCUUAAAGUUUAACAUCUGGAAUCCAGUUUUUUAUAACAGAAAUAUGUCGAAAAAUAAAAAAAAAUCUUUUUGGAACCAACGAUGUGAAACAUCUGAAAAUGUCCCAGUCCAGGCUGUAGGUGGAGCCAGAGGAGCUGGAUUUACUCUAAAUGAGCUGCUUCAUGUAGUUCUGCUGGAACAUAGGGUCCGUUUCAGCUGAUAUGACAGAAAGGGAGUUUUAGAAGUCUUACCUACUGCACCUUUAAGGUUUCACAUCUGGAACCAACGAUAGGAAACAUCUGAAAAUGUGUAGAAAGGAAAAACAGAAGUGUUGUGUAACAUGAUGACCCAGUUCCCAGAUGUUCCCAGAUGCUCCCAGAUGUUCCCAGAUGCUCCAGACUCUAAACUGAUCCGGAGUCAGCAGCAUCGUAUCAUAACGUAGUUUAGAAGACGGUGAACUGAAGUCGUGUCUGUAUAAACAUUUGAUCAGAAACUGUAAAUGAUUCUCGUUGUAAGUUUAUUGUUUUUGUGUCUCGUUAUAAAUCUAAUCAGCUGGAACAGA